CUUCUGCUAUUUCCUUCUCACAACUCUUUGCACAUACUUCGCCUUCUCUAUUCCUAUCUGCUCAGAUUUCAAUUCAUUUACUUUCAAUUUCAGCACCUUAUUCUGCUCUUUAAUCCACGCGCAACCUGAGGUAGCUAUAAGCUGCAGUAAUGGAUCUUACUCCAGGAUCUGGAAAGUCUGGCAGUGUGCCGGCUAAGAAUGGCGAGGUCGUCAAGACAUUCUCUACCCUCAAAGCAUGGCUGAGCAAUGAUUCCAGUGUUCCUAAGACCCCCGUGACCCCCAAGACUCCAUCUUUCUUGAAGAACCAAGUAAUUCAAGAGAGUGUGGCUGUAACCACCGAGCAUCCAAGUUCAUAUGAGACGAAAGAAUUCAGUGACGCCUCAGUUCGCAUGACUGAAGAUCCUACUCAUCCAAGCGCUACUGGCAUAUCGGAUACGAGUCAUCAGGAACAGGAUGGAGUCCAUUACUGCUUUAAGCGGCCGCCGUCUAUUUUGGACACAAUUAAUAGAAUUUUAAGCCCGGAAAAGCCCACAGGGCAAGAACCAGCCAAACGCAGAGCUAUGCCAAUCCAUUCAUCAAAGGUGACCGAGGGCCUGACUGAAUUGGAAGAAAAGUCUCAACAAAGCAAAGUGUCAUGGAACAUAAGCGAAGCUCUCUCAGACAAUGAUGGCUAUCAGAAUGAUCAGGCACAGCAUACAACGCCCGAGGAAGUCAAUGAUUCGCGUACUAUGGGAUGGCUCCUCCAAAUCUCUAACCCGCCUGCGGCAGUGGAUUGGCUAGCAUCUACCACUACGGUAGAUCAUUACAAAAAGGAUAUCGAUCCCAACACAGGGGAAUUCCUACCAGAAAUGGUCCACCCCGACACAUUCAAAACUCUCAGCGAUGGCCCGUCCCGUGAUCAUAGAGAUAUCGCCUGGCGACAGGCCAAUAUGACAGCCGAGUUACAAAUCAACCGAGAAAUACGGAGCCGAGAGGCUCUUGCAACCAAGCUCAGAUCGCAGAUAAAGCCUGAAGUGGAGGAUGUGCCUGUUGAGCCGACAGCUUGGCCCGAUGCAGAGUGUAUCGUACGACCUGUAAAGUCUGAAGAUUUCGAAACCAUUGCUACCAUUAUGAACUUGGAAAGAAAGGCAAAGAGUAAUCCACAAGUGUUUGAAUGGAAGGAAAUUGUGGCUGCAGACAUUCAAGAGAUAUACAAGUGCUGCCAAGUCAACUUGCGACCAUUUGUCGUUGCCACUGCGGCAGAGGAUCCUUUGCUCGACCGUUCCAAGUGGCCGGAGAAUGCCACAAAGGCCUAUCAAAGCUAUCUCGCAUUUCGUUCAACUCAGGCCGAGGUCUCGCAGGUCAUAUUUGGCUUUGCCUUUGUAACCGAAGCCAGGAUUGGAAUUCUUGGGACUGCAUGUCCUGGAUCAAGGCAUGCUGGACAGAUAAAAGUGAUUGUCCAUCCUGAUCACCGAGGGAAGCUGUAUGGAUCUGCCUUACUUGACAGGGUCUUGCUAUGCACUGCGCCGUUUCAUCGAAGCAUGGUGGAUUACGAGUGGCGUUGCCAAAUUCCCGCAAGGAUUUAUGAGAAUCUCUCGUACCAGAAUCAUCGGAAAUACGCCUGGAUCUACAUUGAAACAUUUUGCGCUGAUAGAGGGGAUCCAGCUAUGCAGCUGGUGACCAAGUUUCUCCAAAAGUUCGAAUUCAAAGAGGUAGGCUGCCUGCCCAGCGCCAUCAAGACAAACCGCUAUAUUGAGAGCCAAUGGCUUGACUUGGUAUUGUGGGCACGGGAAACGCAACCUCGCUCAAAUAUCAUGGAUUCUACGCCGGGCACCCAGUGUAUUUAACAUGGGGGCGAAUAAGGUACAUUUGAACGAAAAUAUUUGGUGGAUGUUGCUGAGGAGGUUUGAGGUGAGGUGAGGAAAAACUAUGGGGAACGCGCUCUACAUCACGUGUACGUAUACUUGCGCUGCUCAGCAGCACAUCAUAGGUAGC